AUGACAACACCCAAACCAACACACUACGACGCCAUAAUCAUCGGCUCAGGCCAAGGCGGCACCCCGCUCGCCACGGCCCUCGCAGAAGCAAAGCACAAGACCGCGCUGAUCGAGCGAGCGCAUCUAGGCGGCUGCUGCGUGAACGAGGGAUGCACGCCCACGAAAACCAUGAUCGCCUCGGGGCGAGUAGCGCAUCUUGUGCGACGGGGAGCGGAGUACGGGGUGCAUUCGAGCGGUAGUGGCGAUAACGCUGUGACGACCGAUAUGCUGAGGGUGCGGCAGCGGAAGCGCGAGAUCGUAGCGUCGUUCCGGGCGGGAAGUGAGCGGCGGUUAAGGGAGGCGGGGGUUGAGGUUUUGAUGGGUGAGGCGAGGUUUGUGGAUGGGGAGGGGGAGGGGGAGAAGAGGAUGGUUGUUGCGAUGCGGGAGGGCGGGGUGAGGGUUGUUUCUGCGGAUACGGUCGUUGUGAACACCGGGUGUCGACCUGCUGUUCCUGUCGUUGAGGGUAUAGAGAGGAUUCCUGGGGAGAGGGUGCUGGAUUCCUCCUCUGUUAUGGAGCUGGGCGAGGUUCCUCGCCAUCUGGUUGUGGUUGGGGGCGGGUAUAUUGGUGUUGAGUUUGGGCAGCUGUUUCGUCGGCUUGGGGCGCGGGUGACGCUGCUGCAUCGCGGGAUGCAACUAUUGCCGCGGGAGGAUCAGGACCUGGCGGAUAUGUUGCUUGAUGUAUUCAGGGACGAGGGGGUGGAGGUUUUGCUUGAGACGACGCCAGUUCGAAUCUUGUCGUCACCUAAUAGCGAUGGCGCUUUCGAUGUUCUGAUGCGGACCAAGCAAGGGGACCGGGUCCUGCAAGGCGCCACGCAUAUCCUCUUCGCGGCUGGACGCGUGCCGAAUACCGAAUGCUUGAAUCUCGGCGCAGCGGGCGUGAGCACCGAUGCCAAGGGCUAUAUCGUCACCAACGAGUAUCUCGAGACCUCCGUGCCGUCGAUCUAUGCCAUCGGCGACGUCAAGGGCCUGCCUGCGUUCACGCACAUCUCCUACGACGACUCCCGCAUCCUCCGGUCGUCACUCCUGCCCUCGCGCCCUGCCGCGCAGAGACGGUCCACGCGCGACCGGCUGGUGCCGUACGUGGCCUUCACCGAUCCCCAAUUCGCGCACGUCGGACUGCACGAGCACGAAGCGCGGGAGCGGUAUCCCGACAAGCAGAUCCUGACGGCGCAGAUGCCCAUGAGCUAUGUGGCGCGCGCUUUAGAGAUCGACGAGACCAGAGGCGCGAUGAAGGCCGUGGUCGAUGCGGAGAGCGGGCUCAUCCUGGGGUUCUCGUGUCUCGGUGUUGAGGGCGGAGAGCUGAUGGGUGUUGUGCAGAUGGCGAUGGUGGGGGAGUUGCCCUACCACCGAUUGCGGGAUGCUGUGUUUGCGCAUCCGACUUUGGCAGAGUGCUUGAAUAAUCUGUGGGGGUUUUUGAAGUGA